UUAGAACAACAUGAGGAUGAGUAAAUGAUGACAGAAUUUUCAUUUUAAAGUGAACUAUCCCUUUAAGGUGUAUAAACCGUAACUUAGUUUUGCACGAAGGAAGAUAUUUGUAAUCGAGCAGUAAACAGGAGAACUUCAAUAGUAGGAAAGAAAAAUAUUGGUUACAAACAUUGCUAUAUUCCUUUGUGUUCAGCAAAACAAAGAAAUUUAUACAGGUUGAAACUAAAUGAAACUAUCUUUUUAAGUUUAAAUAUAUUUUUCUGAAUGCCUUUGUGUGAAUUUAUUAAAUUAUGAGCUUCAGACUCCUUUCGAUCUCGCAUAUUUGAGCGAGCCAGCAUAUUGCAACGACAUGCAAUGAUGUUCAUAAAAAUACAGUCAGAAAAGAGGCGAUGUGUAGGCAGCAUCCCACUUCGCUCCAAACCCAAAUCAAUAUCAUGUAACAUUGAAAGAGAAGAAACUCACCAUCAAAGUGGUCGUCAUAGCAACGGCCCAGCCGGAUUCCACCAAUCAAUGAGGCAGAGAGAUGCUCGGCGUCCUACAUAAAGAGUGUGGGACAGGGAAACUGGGCAUCACUGUGCAGAUUGACUAGAAAAAGACGUCGAUACAGGACGAAACAUGGUGAACUUCUUUGGAAAGAGCAUCAUCUAUCUGGCGAACCUUUGUGUUGCGGUGCAUUUUCUCAAUGGGUCAGUGGAUGGAGCUGCAUUAAAACAUGAGGCCACUUUGGAGAUCAGUGCUGCAACCAUCAACCAUUCAAUGGCGCUGGUGCAGCGCAUGGAGGCCCUGCUGAACCACGGGAAUGGCAGCGACGUGACCUUGCAUGUUCAAACGGUGAACACGGAUGAAGUUAAAGUCAUCCAGGUCCACACGCUGGUGUUGAGUCUCCAGAGCGAUGUGUUCGAUGAGCUGCUUCAGACUCGUAACUCAAGCGUACUGGUGCUCAGAGAGACAGCAGAGUGUGCAGCUGUAUUUGAUAAGUUCAUAAGGUAUUUAUACUGUGGGGACAUCACUGUGCGUCUGAACCAGGCCAUCGCUUUACACAAGCUUGCCAGCAAGUAUCACGUAUGGGACCUGCAACAAGGCCUCACCCAAUACAUGACCCACCAUCUGUCAAGUGAUUCCCCAACAGGUCACGUGGUUGGUUGGUAUCAAUAUGCAAUGCAGAUCGGAGAUGUUGCUCUGCAAAACAGCUGUCUGCAAUAUCUGUCCUGGAAUCUUUCAUCGGUUCUUCACAGCGCCGAGUGGAGUUCUGUCGGUGAGGAACUGUUGCUCAAUUUGCUGCAGCGUUCGGACCUGGUUCUGCAGAGCGAACUGGAGCUGUACGAAGCUCUGGAAACCUGGAUCAACCAGAACCAGCCUUCAACCACAACAGCUGAAAAUGCACUGAAGGCAAUACGCUAUGCCAUGAUCUCACCCCAACAUUUGUUCCACCUGCAGAAGAAGUCAUCGCUGAUGGGGAAAUAUUACGAAUCUGUACGGGAUCUGCUCUUCCUCGCCUUCCAGUUCCACGCAUCCUCACCCGUGCAACUGGCAAAGUACUUCGACGUCAACUGCAGCCUCUUCACGCCACGCAACUACCUGUCACCCGCCUGGGGAUCACCGUGGGUGAUCAACAACCCUACAAGAGACGACCGUAGUUUUAGUUUUCCGACUCAGCUUGGACCUAGCGGCCACGACGCCAACAAGCGUGUGACGUGGAACGCCCUGUUCUCCCCCCGAUGGCUUCCACUUAGCGUGAGAUCCUCGUACCCUGAGCACGGCUCCAUGCAGCCCACUCGUACAGAUGGUGGGCGUCCGCGCAUCAUCAUCACACCUGCCACCUCGAGUCCGGACUUUGCCGGUGUUACCUUUCAAAAAACCGUUAUCGUAUCCACCCGGAAGCAGGGGAAGGUUGUGGUACGUCACGUCUACAACUUUCACCAGAGCACAGAGGAGGUGGGCGACUUUUUGUUAGAUGCUGACCUGCAGCGCAGAACAUCCGAGUACCUCAUAGACAGCUCGCUUUACUUGCAUAUUAUCGUCAAACCCCUCUACCACAGCCUCAUAGUAGCAAAGAAAUAAGUAUACUUUCAGUACUUACAAAUGAAGGUGCCAUAAUUUUAAGAAUGCAAAUUGAAAUUGGACCCAGCAUCAGGUUUAAUUGUUAAUUUUUUUCUUCAGUUCUUUAAUGUCCUUAAAUUUGGGUGAAUCUUAAAUGUUGCAUGAUCAAAUUAAACGAAUUCACUAUCGUUGAAUUUUAUAUUGCUCUUACACACAGUGAGAUUACUUUCAGCUGUCCUAUAAAAUUGAUGCAUUUACACACAUUAUCUUUGUUUUCAAUGUAUUGGUUUAUUUAUAUGCUGUAUUGCAAUAAUUGUAACAUUUAAAUAAAAUCCCUACUUCAAAGAUUACUGAGUGUAUUUAUAAUAAAUAUAUAUUUAUUAUAAUAUAUAUUGGUCAAAAUGGUCAAAAAAUUGUCCCUAUCUGUCCCCUCUGGGGUGAUACCCUUUCAAAAAGUAGACAUUUGCACCUCAACAUUUCAAAUGACCUCACAGGUGUAUAUUGGUAACAAAAGUGCAAAUUAGUACAU